CUCCUCUCCUCACUGUCCAGGGCGCCUCUGCAGGCACUUCCCUCCCUCUUCUCCUCCCUGGCCACCUCCUCCUCCCCGCUCUCCUGCCCUCUGUCCCCCUUUCACCCCUGACCCCUGCUCUGGACUCUGCAAACAUGAGGGUCUUGGCCUGCCUCCUUGCAGUACUGGUGGGGACCCAGGCUACUGAGCGGCUGCGCCUGGCUGACGGCCCCCACGGCUGUGCCGGCCGCCUGGAGGUCUGGCACGGUGGGCGCUGGGGCACCGUGUGCGAUGACGGAUGGGACCUUCGCGAUGCUGCGGUGGCCUGCCGGGUGCUGGGCUGCGGUGGGGCGCUGGCUGCCCCCGGGGGUGCCUUCUUUGGGGAGGGCUCAGGGCCUGUGUGGCUCAGUGAGCUGGCCUGCCGGGGCAGCGAGGGGCAGCUGGGCCUCUGUCCCCACCGGGGCUGGAAGGCCCACAUCUGUUCUCACGAGGAAGAUGCAGGCGUCGUCUGUGCAGGUCAGCGUGUGGCUAACUCUAGAGAUGACUCAACAUCCCCUCUGGAUGAGGAUCUGUGGCCUGGGCUGUCUGAGGAGCUGAGCCCUAGCUCUGAGGAGCCUCCCAUGACUCAUGCCCCCCACCCAGGAGGGAGCCCCCAGAAUGGCCCACGCAAGAAGAGCCCUCGGCCCCCCAAACAGGCCAAGUCUACGCGGGCCCCUUUACUGACAUCUGGAGCCCCCCGCCAAGAGCGGCUGCGCCUGGUCUCAGGCCCUCACGGCUGUGCUGGCCGCCUGGAGGUCUGGCACGGUGGGCGCUGGGGCACCGUGUGUGAUGAUGGAUGGGACCUUCGCGAUGCAACAGUGGCCUGCCGGCAGCUGGGCUGUGGUGGGGCGCUGGCCGCCCCUGGAGGUGCUAGAUUCGGGCCUGGUGAAGGACCAGUGUGGAUGGAUGAUGUGGGGUGUGGAGGUGGAGAGCAGGCCCUCCGGGACUGUCCCCGAAGCCCGUGGGGCCGGAGCAACUGUGACCAUACUGAGGAUGCUGGACUCGUCUGCACUGGUCCUGCGCCCAGGCUGCGCCUGGCUGACGGCCCCCACGGCUGUGCCGGCCGCCUGGAGGUCUGGCACGGUGGACGCUGGGGAUCAGUGUGUGAUGAUGCCUGGGAUCUUCGUGAUGCUGCCGUGGCCUGCAGGGAACUGGGCUGUGGUGGGGCGCUGGCCGCCCCAGGGGGUGCCUUCUUUGGGGAGGGGUCUGGCCCCAUCAUUCUGGAUGAUCUUCGUUGUCGGGGAAAUGAGACAGCCUUGCGAUUCUGCCCAGCAAGGCCCUGGGGCCAGCAUGACUGUCACCAUCGCGAGGAUGCGGGUGCCGUGUGUGAUGGCAUGCCUGUGGGUUAUGUGCAGCCCACAGCUCCUGCAGUGCACAGCAACAGGUCAGCGCCCAGCCAGGCAGCACCCAGGCCCCUGUCCACCACAGUGAGCCAGAUCCCAGGCUCAGCAGGCCGUUCACCUCCUCCAGCCUCUCCUACUGCUCCUCCAGAGCCUGGGCCAGAAGCUGGGUCACCCCAGCUGCGCCUGGUGUCUGGGCCCAGCAGGUGCUCUGGCCGCCUGGAGGUGUGGCAUGAUGGGCGCUGGGGGACAGUGUGCGACGAUAGCUGGGACACGCGGGACUCAGCUGUGGUCUGCCGCGAGCUGAGCUGUGGGGGACCCCGGCAGCUAGACCCUGCGGCAGGUCGCUUUGGCUGGGGCGCGGGCCCCAUCUGGCUGGAUGAUGUGGGCUGUGUGGGGACAGAGGCUUCACUGUCUGACUGCCCUGCUGCACCCUGGGGGAAGCACAACUGCGCUCACAAUGAGGAUGUUGGGGUCACCUGCACUGGAACCCCUGGCCUGGAUACUGUCUCAGACCCUUUCAGCUGGAGCUGGCUCCCUGGGCUGGGCAGAGAUCAGGAUGCUUGGCUCCCAGGAGAGCUGGUCACCAAGCCCUCUGCCAGUGUGACAGCCAGCGUGCUGGAGAAAACCACAAAGGCCCCAGGAAAAGUGCCCAAGAGCACUAAGAAGUGGAUGACCAAAACUGCAAGGAGACCAACCAUGCAGCCCCCUGCGAUGCCCGUGACUAAACGCCCCAGGGUACCAGGCACCCAAAGACCCCCAGAAGCAACUUCACGUACCUCUGAGUCAUCCAAAAGAUCGACCACCAAGGCUCCCCAAAGAUGGGCCUCACAAACCACUGCCAGGCUGACUCUUCAGGUCCCCCAGGAGUGGACCUCAAAGACUGUGGCAGUGCCAUCCACUCGAAGCCACCAAGAAGUGACCUCUGAAGUCACCACCAGGAAAAUCCCUCAAGCCUCCCUGGAGCCAUCUGCUGAGAGCCCAGAAGGUUCUCCAGAGUCACCCAUAGAUCCGUCCCUCUCUCCCAGUGCUGACACUCCCGGGCCAUCAGGCCCCUUCCGAGUUCGUCUGGCUGAUGGGCCCAACAGGUGUGCCGGCCGGCUAGAAGUGUGGCAUGCUGGACGCUGGGGGACAGUCUGUGAUGACAGCUGGGACCUGCGGGAUGCCACUGUGGCCUGCUGGGAACUGGGUUGUGGAAAGGUCAGACCACGAGUGGGCAAAACCCACUAUGGCCCUGGGACUGGGCCCAUCUGGUUGGAUGACAUGGGCUGUAAGGGAAGCGAGACUUCACUGAUGGACUGUCCCUCGGGAACGUGGGGGAAGCACAACUGUGACCACGAGGAAGACGUGGGACUCACCUGCACUGGCUAUAUAGGUGAUGAUGAUUACCCCCCCUGGACCUGGGACCCCACUGCAGGAGAUGACCUGCUCCAAGGAACCACUGGAACAGCAGGACCUGGGCACACUGUCUCCUGGGGCACCACCAGGCACCCGGAGGUCCCCUCCCCAGUGACACAGCGCCUUCCAGACACAGAUGACCAAGAUGGCUAUAAGUCUUCCAGGACAUGGGACACAUCUUUGGGACCAGAUCUGACCCAACAGACCCUUACCACAGCCAAACCUGGACCUACCGUUACCACUGCCACCAUCAGGAGCCUGGGCCACCCCUCUCUUGUUCCAAGGACCCAUGGGAACACAGGUUCCCCGAGGAAGCCAAGGCCUGAGCCCCGGCCGCUGCGGCCCACCGCGGCCAGGACAGCGCCCACCACCUCGUCCCUAACCCCUUCCAGCUCACCGGGGCCCUCUGGCUCCCAGCUGACCGCUGACUCCUGGCCACAUCUCGACUCUGACUGGGCUUCUGAGCAGGAGGAGGAGGUGACCACUGACCCUCCGGACACUUCUCCACCCACCCCAGGCCUGGCCUCCUUGACAAGCGCUGACCUUGCUCUGUCCACCUCUGAGUCCAGUGCGUUUCCAACUCGGGCCCCUGAGAGCUCAUCCGGCCCGCCGUCGACCUUGUCCAAAGAGCCGACUUCUGACCCCACUGCACUGUCGCAUGGGACCAGCCUUUCGCCUACCUCGGAGCGAACCCCAGGAUCCGACACAGCCUCAGACUUGAACACAAUGCCACACACCACUACAGUCCCAGAAUCUUCUGGAUUCCCAGACCUGUACACAAGCCCCAAGGCCACUACACACCUCACUACAACUCCUCAAUCCAUGGUCACAUCCCCUCACCUCACCACAACCCCUCAUUCCAUGGUCACAACCCCUCACCUCACCACUUCUCAUCCCACCGUCUCAUCCCCUCACCUCACCACAACCCCUCAUUCCAUGGUCUCAUCCCCUCACCUCACUACAACCCCUCAUUCCAUGGUCACAUCCCCUCACCUCAGCACAACCCCUCAUUCCAUGGUCACAUCCCCUCACCUCAGCACAACCCCUCAUUCCAUGGUCACAUCCCCUCACCUCUCCACAGCCCCUCAUCCCACCGUCUCAUCCCCUCACCUCACCAAAGCCCCUCAUCCCACCGUCUCAUCCCCUCACCUCUCCACAGCCCCUCAGCUCACAGCAGCCUCCCCCUCUGCCAGAACGCCUCAACUUGCCACCACCACUUUCCCCACCUCAACCCCUCUGGUCACCACACAAUCCCUUCCAACCUCCCUGGUGACAGAACUCCCUCUCACUUCUACAGUAAGGGCUAAGCCGAGCCUACACCCCCAGCUGACCCCUCAUGACCUCACAUCCCAGAAGCAGAAUGUAGAGUCAUCUCCAGCCUCAGAGUCCAGGCCUUCCAGGCCCACACCAGCCCUAAGCACAGACUCACUGUCCACGGAAGAACCACCCAGAAGCCAGAGCCCUAAAUCAACCCUUCCAUCUACCCAGACACCACCCUCAACCUUUGACCCUACUGUAGCCCCUGACCUUCACCUUUCUACCACAGCCCAUCCCUUGGGUCCACCUGCCCCUGACCAAAUCACAGUAGGAUCAAUCCCCAGUCACAUCCCCGGACCCCUUGGUCCAUGUAUAUCCCCAACACCACCUGUAAAGGUCAUGGCUUGUGAGCCACCUGCGUUGGUGGACCUGGUGGCUGCCGUGAAAGACAUGGGUAACCAGUUGCGGAGGCUGACCCAGGUCCUGGAACAGGACCUGCAGGAGCGCCAGGCCCUGGGGCUGGGCCUGGUCCAGUUGGUAGAGGCUGUCCAGGGUCUGGGGCAGCUGGGUGAGACUGUAAAGAGACUGGCAGAGGUGGCAUGGCCUCCCAGCACACCUCUGCCCACCACCACCACCCCAGAGGAGGAGGAAAGACCUCUGAGGGGAGAUGUGUGAUCCACUCCAAAGCUUAGGGUGCUUAAGAUGUUCUCAGACAAACAAAAGAAACCAAAGUACCUAAGUAAAAACAAUGUGUGGGGCUGGAAAGAUGGCUUAGUGGUUAAGGCACUGGCCUGUGAAUCCUAAGAAUCCAGGUU